AUUUGGUUUAGUGAUGGCAUUGGUGUGCGAGUCGUGUGCAAACACUUUCAUUACAGUUAACCAUCAACUGUGCGAUUAUAUGGCACAUCCCAGCGCAUCCCUACUCAUCCCAAACGCAUACACACACCGAUCCCACCCAUCCAUCGGCUUUGAUCCGAAAUUUCUUAGGAAUACACGGAUUUGAAAAGAAUUUUAUUUAGAGAUCAAGUUUUGGCUGAAUUAGUCGAGUGAUUAUCUCCCUGUCUGCAGUUUGACUCAACACCCCAACUAAUAUCCAAGUAUGCCGUUCACACCUGUCGCCCAGGCCAAUUGUGGCAAAUGCCAAAAGCCCGUCUACGCGGCCGAGGAGGUGCUCGCCGGAGGCCUUAAGUGGCAUAAGAUUUGCUUCAAAUGUGAUCUGUGCCACAAGCGAUUAGACAGCACCAACAACAACGAGCAUCAAGGUGCCCUGUACUGCAAACAGUGCUAUGGCCGCAAAUUCGGUCCCAAGGGGUACGGGUUCGGUGGUGGUGCCGGUGCCCUCAGCAUGGACAAGGGCGAGCACUUGGGUAACCAGGAUUGCCAGAUGUCGUACGUAUUCAACGCAUGUAUUGAGUGA